AUGGAGGGUGCGAUGGAAGCCCCGACGCCAGUGGUCUUGCCCAACUCGGAACAGCUUUACAUGAAGAGUAUACAGGAUGAGACUUAUCUCAUCCAGAUGUCCUGGCCACUCAGUUGGCCAAAGGGGCGUUUUCACGAGGGCUCGGCGCCCAUCAUUUACAUUGUCGAUGGCAAUGCCUUGUUCUUAACCGCAACCGAGGCAGCUUGGCGCCGAGCAGCAGAGUCGCGUUUUGUCGGAGGCAUCGUGGUCGCUAUCGGAUACCCCUUAAGUGGGAAAUUAUACGAUUCCAAGCGACGCAGCCUCGAUUUGACGCCACCCACCGCGACUCCGAUUCCCGGCUUUGGUGGCGCGGAUGCAUUUCUGGAUUUUAUCGCGGACGUCGUCAAACCGCAUGUCACGGCGCGCUUUCCGCACAUUUCCUUAUCCAGGGAAGCUCUCUACGGCCAUUCCUAUGGUGGACUUCUCGCUUUGCAUACAUUGUUUACCCGCAAUCAGUUGUUUGAUUGCUACAUAGCGAGUAGUCCCUCUGUCUGGUGGAAUGACCAUUGCAUUCUGGAGGUAGCAAGAACCUUUCUCAGACAAGACCAGCCCUCCGACACGACUCCGUCCUCUCUCAUGGUCUUUUGGGGGUCCUUUGAGCAGGACCCUCCUCAGUGGGACGACGAAUCUCUGGACCAGUUCGAAUCUCGAAAGCAUAUCGCGUCGAUAUUUCGAACGAGGGAACAUUCAAUCCAGAUAUGUGAGAUGCUACGAGGUUCUCAUCACUUAAAGACAGUUUUCAUGCACGAGUUUGAAGGCGAAGAACAUACGAGUGUCAUGGCCGGCUCUAUGGCUCGGGGGCUGACUGAGUUCUUCGAAAACUGGCCAUCCCAAGGAUGA